AUGGGCCUGAACAAACUUACUCUUUUGACAAGUUCGGUCAAGCUUGGGAGAAAUUUGUUCUCUGCACGAGUCGCGAAAACUGGAGAUUGUGUGCAUCGCUUUCAGUCGCGGCGCUACGUUAGAUCCAGUGCGAGGAGUUUGGCAUAUGCAAAAGAUCUGUUCCUGGGCAAAGUUAACAAGGCUGAAGUUUUUCCCUACCCAGAAAUCAGCAAUGAAGAAUUAGAGGAGAUGAACCAACUUGUACAGCCUGUGGAGAAGUUUUUCAGUGAAGAUGUUGAUUCUAAGAAGAUCGAUCAUGAGGCCGUAAUUCCUCCUGAGACUUUAAAUGGGCUGAAGGAACUAGGGCUGUUUGGGAUCCAGAUACCUGAAGAAUAUGGUGGUCUGGGCCUCUCAAACACCAUGUAUGCCAGGUUAGGGGAGAUCACUUCUUUAGAUGCGGCGAUUGCGGUCACACUUGCAGCACAUCAAGCCAUUGGCCUGAAGGGAAUUUUGAUUGCUGGAAAUGAGGCUCAGAAAGCAAAAUACCUUCCCAAACUAGCAACAGGAGAGCAUAUUGCAGCUUUCUGCCUCACUGAACCUGGAAGCGGCAGUGAUGCUGCAUCUAUACAGACACGGGCCACGCUGACAGAGGAUGGGAAGCACUUCUUGCUCAAUGGCACAAAGUUUUGGAUUUCUAAUGGAGGAUGGGCAGACAUCAUGACCGUGUUUGCCAGGACAGAAGUUGUUGACAAAGAUGGUCAAAAGAAAGAUAAGAUCACAGCUUUCAUUGUAGAGAGGGCGUUCGGUGGCAUCACCAGUGGCAAACCUGAAGACAAACUAGGCAUCAGAGGAUCAAACACUUGUGAGUUGUCAUUUGAAGACACCAAGGUGCCAAUCGAGAAUGUAAUUGGAGAAGUCGGUGGUGGUUUUAAGGUCGCUAUGAACAUCCUGAAUAAUGGGCGCUUCAGCAUGGGCAGUGCAGGUGCAGGGAUGAUCAAGAAGCUCAUUGAGUUGACAUCAGAAUAUGCAGGCACAAGAAAACAAUUCAACAGGAGCCUUUCUGAGUUUGGAAUGAUUCAGGAUAAGUUUGCUACCAUGGCUCUAAAUGCGUUUGUGAUGGAGAGCAUGGCUUACCUCACUGCUGGGAUGAUGGACCGUCCUGGAGUCCCAGACUGUUCUCUGGAGGCCGCUAUGGUCAAGGUCUUUAGCUCUGAGGGCAGCUGGAUCUGUGUAAGUGAAGCCCUGCAGGUUUUAGGAGGCCUGGGCUUCACCAAGAACUACCCCUACGAGCGCUACCUCAGGGACUGCCGCAUCCUCCAGAUAUUUGAGGGUACUAAUGAGAUUUUGAGGAUGUACAUUGCACUUACAGGAAUGCAGUAUGCCGGAAAAAUACUAACAGGAAAAAUAAAGGAGAUGAAGAAGGGAAAUGUGGGGGUGGUGUUUGAGAUUCUGGGAAAGAAAUUGAAGGACUCAGUGGGGAGGACGGUGGACUUUGGACUGACCGGCAAAGAUGGCGUUGUACACCCUAGUCUGACGGAGAGCGCCAAAAUGUUUGAGCAGAACGCUGCAGUCUUCGGCUCUACUGUGGAAAACUUACUGUACCGAUAUGGAAAGACAAUCGUUGAGGAGCAGCUUGUGCUGAAGAAAGUUGCAGAUGUAUUAAUUAACCUCUACGCCAUGACAGCCGUCCUGUCCCGCACCAGUCGCUCCAUCAGCAUCGGCCUGCGCAAUCAUGACCAUGAGGUGCUGCUCACCAACACUUUCUGCAAGGAUGCUCAUUUCAAGAACAACUUCUUGUUGACUCAGCUUCAAAAAAAUUCCCCGGAGAACAACGAUGCCAACAUAAAGAAGAUCGCCCAGGAGGUCUUAGCCAAGAGGGCGUAUGUCUGCUCACAUCCCCUGGACAGGACCUUCUGAAAUGGCUCUCGUUGUCCGACAGGCUUCCCACAACCCUGCGUCUCAGUUUAACCCCAAAGAAGUGCAGUAAUGAUUGAGCCUCACUUUAUAAUGUUUUAGUUCUUUUUAUGUCGGUUUUCCAUGACAUACUGCCACAAGUGCUUCUUAAUAUUGGUUGAAGGACAUAAAAUCAAAAUCUUGUUGAAGUAAUACCUUUAGUGCACAUGUAAGGUGAUGUCUUUGUUGGUUCUCAUCUCUAUGAUGUUUCUGCUGUGUUUGAAGUGGGCACUUUUCAUUGGCGUCUGUGGGCCUUCAGCAGGUUUCUGGGAGGAGGAGUGUAUGCUUGGCUCUUCAUCCAUGAACGGUAAAGCAAUUCGCUUGUGCAGGAUUGAAUGUGGCCUCCAGUAAUCUCUGUUAAAAAAAUCUAAUUGUUAGUGUCAAAGCAGUUUCGUUGUUUGUUUUUUCUCAUUUAUGCGCUCCUGAGUUUAUAUUUGGUACUCUGAAUGGUUCACGUUCCUUUCCAAGUUGUGGUAUAUUAAUUUAAACCAGUACAAAUGAAAGCACAGGGAUUAUUUCUAACCGGAAAUGGAAUUUGCUGUACUGGGAUGAGAAUCUUGGAAUUGCGUUUUUGUCCCAGCUCAGGCUGUGGUUUUGAAAGGGUCCCGGAGCAAAUGGAACAUUGGCCUCCUUCUCUGCUGAGCUGGUCGUUUCAGAAGACUGGACCACAGAAAUAACGGGAAUGGGCUGAAGAAAAAAAACAGGGAUUAGAUCUCGAAUAGCAAACUGUUUUAAAGUAUACUGAAAUAUGUUUGUUGAGAGUUUAUCAAGAAAAUAUGUACAUCAGUAUCAAUAUUAACUUAUCUAACAAUAAAACUUGCAUAAUUUUAAAAAUGA